AUGGCCCAGUCCGAAGCUCCCUCAAAAUCAGAGGCAGAGUACACAAGGUUACACAUCACACCCUUCGAGCCCAACCUCCUCAAAGCUAUUCUCCCGCCGUCUAUCCUGCCCAACGCUCGCAACAUCUCGUACCAUACGAUCGCUACUUUCCCCGAAAAGGCGUACGGAUUCGUGGACUUGCCGAUUAUGGAUGCGGAGAAGAUUAAAAAGAAGCUCAAUGGUGCGAUUUUGAAGGGCACGAAGGUGCGGGUUGAAAAGGCGCGGCCGGAGAAGGAAGGUGUUGCGGUAGUCGAGGAAGAGGGAAAAAUGUCGAAAAAGGAGAAGAAACUCUCGAAGAAGAGGAAGAGGGAUGACACUAUCCCUGCUGUGGAGAUUCUGGAUCGCUCGGUGAAGAGGGGAUGGACUACUCCGCUUGCGACGGCGUAUAGUAAGGACAAGGAGAAGAGGGUUAAUAAGUCGAAGUUUACGACGGGCCCGGAGUGCUUGUUCAAAACUGUUAUUCCUGCGAACGUUGCGACAGGCUCGAAGACUUCCGCUACGGAUAAGGUGGAGAGGAAGAGACAUAAGGCUGGGAAGGAAGCUAUUGUACAUGAGUUUGCGAAGAUGACCAAGUAUGCGACUUUCUUGCGAAGUACGGCUGCUGGAAAUAAGAAGAUUAGCGCGGAGUUUGUGGAGGGAAAGGGAUGGGUUGAUGAGGAUGGAAAUGUAAUUGAGGAGGUUACGAUUAAGAUGGUGAAAACUUCCGAGUCGAACAAGCCAGAGUCAAAGUCAGAGCCCGUUGCGGAAGAAGAGAACGAAAGUGAAAGCGAUAGCUCGGACGGGGACAGCAGUGAUAGUGCAAGUUCAUCGGACGAGGACGAGGAUGAGGAGAAUCAAAAAGAAGAGCAGGAAAAAAUGUCAAUCGAUAAGACCGACUUGCCUGUAUCCAAGCCUGCGCCUACAUCCGCACCUCCUGCCGAGGAAGAUUCAGAAACUUCAAGUUCAGGUUCAUCCUCAGAAGAUUCCGAAUCAGAUUCGGAUUCAGAGGACUCAUCAAAAGCCGAGUCUGCCGAAGAAAAAGAAUCCUCUUCAGAAUCUGAGAACGAAACGGUCGACUCUAAACCAGCAUCACGUCCUCAAUCAUCCUCGGGUGCCCCCCUAAAUCUAAGCAUUAAAAUCCCUGUCCCGGAAAUAACAACCACUCCCGUCCCUCCAACAGAAGUUCAUCCCCUCGAGGCCCUUUUCAAGCGGCCGAAACCAGACAACAAGGAUCUGGCCCCUAAACCAGCACCCUCCUCAUUUAGCUUUUUCGGCGCAGACGACGACAUCGACGAAGAAAUGGAAGAAGAAUCUCAAGAUAAAGUCCCCCUGACACCCUUCACACAACGAGAUUUCGAGUACCGGGGCAUGCGAAGCGCAGCUCCUACACCAGAUACCGCACAUGCCAACAAGAAAUUCCUCUGGCCUAGUGUACACGAUGAAUAUGUUGAUGAUGAGCACACACCCACUUCUCCAACUCGACCGCAGAAGAAGGGGGAAAGUAGUAAGGCGAAACCGAAAGAGAGUAAGGUUAGGGAAGAAGGUGCGGCUCCCGAAACGGAUUUCCAGAAGUGGUUUUAUGAGAAUAGAGGGGAUACGAAUCGAGCAUGGAAGAAGCGGAGGAAGGUGGUUGGGAAGGAGAAGAGACAUAGGGAGAAUAAGAAGAGGUCUGAUAGGGUUUAG